AUGGAUCUCCAAACAGGGACUGUUUCCAGCGCAGACAGACUUCGUGUUCUCCUGAUGCUGUUCCAUACAGUAGCUCGAAUCAUGGCAGAACAAGAAGUGGAAAAUCUCUCAGGCCUUUCCACUAACCCUGAAAAAGAUAUAUUUGUGGUGCGCGAAAAUGGGACGACGUGUCUCAUGGCAGAGUUUGCAGCCAAAUUUCUUGUGCCUUAUGAUGUGUGGGCCAGCAAUUAUGUCGAUCUGAUCACGGAACAGGCUGACAUCGCGUUGACCCGGGGGGCUGAAGUGAAGGGCCGCUGUGGCCACAACGAGUCAGAGCUGCAGGUGUUCUGGGUGGAUCGCGCGUACACACUCAAAAUGCUCUUUGUAAAGGAAAGUCAUAAUACGUCUAAGGGCCCAGAGGCGACUUGGAGGCUGAGCAAGGUGCAGUUCAUCUACGACUCUUCUGAGAAGACCCAUUUUAAAGACGCAGUCAGCCCCGGAAAACACACGGCCAAUUCGCAUCGCCUUUCGGCUUUGGUCACUCCAGCGGGCCGGUCCUACGAGUGUCAAGCCCAGCAGACCAUUUCGCUGGUCUCCAGUGACCCACAGAAGACGGUCACCAUGAUCCUGUCGGCAGUCCACAUCCAGCCCUUUGACAUCAUCUCAGAUUUUGUCUUCAGUGAAGAGCAUAAAUGCCCGGUGGACGAGCGUGAACAGCUGGAGGAAACCCUGCCGCUGAUUUUGGGGCUCAUCUUGGGCCUGGUCAUUGUGGUGACGCUUGCCAUUUACCACGUCCACCACAAAAUGACUGCGAACCAGGUGCAGAUCCCCCGGGACCGGUCGCAGUACAAGCACAUGGGCUAG